AUGGCAGCCGUCACCCAGAAAUACGGGGAGAUCGAGACUGUUGCUGGGCUUGGGACCCAUGCGCUUGUAUUGUUGUCGCAUAAAGUACAAGCCUGCAAUCCCCGUCUCGAUCAGUACUAUGCUGUAAAGGUCUUCCGUCGCGGACCCGAACAAACCGGGCUCGACUAUAAGAGGAGAGUGAGCUCAGAAUACUCCAUCACCUCCUCCUUGCACCAUCAGAAUGUUAUUAAGAUCUUCGAGCUCCUCCCCUUGGGUUACGACACUCUUUGUGAGUGUAUGCAAUACUGCUCCGGCGGAGAUUUACAUUCACUCAUUGUUGCGUCACGACGGCUGUGUGAAGAGGAGGCAGACUGUUUCCUGAAGCAGCUGAUGCGCGGGAUCCUCUAUCUCCAUGAGAUGGGGAUUGCUCACCGUGAUUUGAAGCCGGAAAAUCUCCUCCUUACUGAGCGCGGUUGCCUGAAAAUCUCUGAUUUUGGCAAUGCAGAGUGCUUCCGCCUUGCCUGGGAAGAUCAAGUUCAUAUGUCUACCACUCGCUGUGGCUCAGCGCCGUAUAUCUCCCCGGAGCAGUAUCUCGCGCAACCGUUUGAUCCCAGAUUUGCUGACAUUUGGGCCGCCGCUCUCGUUUAUAUCGCCAUGAGAGCUGGGAGAAACCCGUGGAAGUCGGCAACAGUCAAGGAUGAAUGCUUUCGUGACUACAUUGAUGAUUGCAAAGUUGGAAGACAUUAUUUCCUUAUCAAGGACACAUCCCAUGGACAAAGCCGUGGAGUCCUAAACUCCAUGUUGAGCAUCGAUCCCGCGCAUCGGCCAGGAGCGACAGAGAUCCUUUCUUCUCAGUGGCUUCAGGCGAUUCGUUGUUGCCAGGCUCCCAACUCUGAACUGUCUACUUGA